GUGCCGGUGACUCAGAGUGUUCGCGGGAGCGCCGCAUCCACACCGGCCAACCCAGAUCCUGAGGUCGACAGCUCCCGGCCCAGAUCCCCACGUCUGCCAAGAGCAAGCUGAGAGCCAGCCGGCCGGCGCGCUCCCACCCCGAGCAGCCUCUGUUCUUCAGCCCCAAACCCGUGCCCUUCUCAGGGCCUCUGCCCGCCGGGCAGCGUUGCCACCCUGCCGGCCAUGGAGACCCCAUCCCAGCGGCGCGCCACCCGCAGCGGGGCGCAGGCCAGCUCCAGCCCCGCAUCGCCCACCCGCAUCACCCGACUGCAGGAGAAGGAGGACCUGCAGGAGCUCAACGACCGCUUAGCGGUCUACAUCGACCGUGUGCGCUCGCUGGAGACGGAGAAUGCAGGUCUGCGCCUUCGCAUCACCGAGUCUGAGGAGGUGGUCAGCCGCGAGGUGUCCGGCAUCAAGGCCGCCUACGAGGCCGAACUCGGGGAUGCCCGCAAGACCCUUGACUCGGUGGCAAAGGAGCGUGCCCGCCUGCAGCUGGAGCUGAGCAAAGUGCGUGAGGAGUUCAAGGAGCUCAAAGCACGCAAUACCAAGAAGGAGGGAGACUUGAUGGCCGCCCAGGCCCGGCUCAAGGACCUGGAGGCUCUGCUCAACUCCAAGGAGGCUGCACUGAGCACUGCUCUCAGCGAGAAGCGUACGCUGGAGGGCGAGCUGCAUGACCUGCGGGGGCAAGUAGCCAAGCUCGAGGCAGCCCUGGGUGAGGCCAAGAAACAACUUCAGGAUGAGAUGCUGCGGCGGGUAGAUGCUGAGAACAGGCUGCAGACCCUGAAGGAGGAACUGGACUUCCAGAAGAACAUCUACAGCGAGGAGCUUCGUGAGACCAAGCGCCGCCAUGAGACUCGGCUGGUGGAGAUUGAUAAUGGGAAGCAGCGGGAGUUUGAGAGCCGCCUGGCCGACGCCCUGCAGGAGCUGCGUGCCCAGCACGAGGACCAGGUGGAGCAGUACAAGAAGGAACUGGAGAAGACCUAUUCUGCCAAGCUGGAUAACGCCAGGCAGUCAGCCGAGAGGAACAGCAACCUGGUGGGGGCCGCCCACGAGGAGCUGCAGCAGUCCCGCAUCCGCAUCGACAGCCUUUCGGCCCAGCUCAGCCAGCUCCAGAAGCAGCUGGCAGCCAAGGAGGCGAAGCUGCGCGACCUGGAGGACUCACUGGCCCGUGAGCGUGACACCAGCCGGCGGCUGCUGGCGGAUAAGGAGCGGGAGAUGGCGGAAAUGCGAGCAAGGAUGCAGCAGCAGCUGGAUGAGUACCAGGAGCUGCUGGAUAUCAAGCUGGCCCUGGACAUGGAGAUCCAUGCCUACCGCAAGCUCCUGGAGGGCGAGGAGGAGAGGCUACGCCUGUCCCCCAGCCCCACCUCGCAGCGCAGCCGUGGCCGUGCAGCCUCUCACUCCUCCCAGACACAGAGUGGGGGCAGCAUCACCAAAAAACGCAAGCUAGAGUCCACCGAGAGCCGUAGCAGCUUCUCCCAGCAUGCUCGCACCAGCGGGCGCGUGGCCGUGGAGGAGGUGGACGAGGAGGGCAAAUUCGUGCGCCUGCGCAACAAGUCCAAUGAGGACCAGUCCAUGGGCAACUGGCAGAUCAAGCGCCAGAAUGGAGAUGACCCCUUGCUGACCUACCGCUUCCCACCAAAGUUCACUCUGAAGGCUGGGCAGGUGGUGACGAUCUGGGCUGCAGGAGCUGGGGCCUCUCAUAGCCCCCCUACCGACUUGGUGUGGAAGGCACAGAACACCUGGGGCUGCGGAAACAGCCUACGCACAGCUCUCAUCAACUCCACUGGGGAAGAGGUGGCCAUGCGCAAGCUGGUGCGCUCAGUGACGGUGGUUGAGGACGACGAGGAUGAGGAUGGAGAUGACCUGCUCCAUCACCACCACGGCUCCCACGGCAGCAGCUCGGGGGACCCCGCCGAGUACAACCUGCGCUCCCGCACCGUGCUGUGCGGGACGUGCGGGCAGCCUGCCGACAAGGCGUCUGCCAGCGGCUCGGGAGCCCAGGUGGGCGGAUCCAUCUCCUCUGGCUCCUCUGCCUCCAGUGUCACAGUCACUCGCAGCUACCGCAGUGUGGGGGGCAGUGGGGGUGGCAGCUUCGGGGACAGCCUGGUCACCCGCUCCUACCUCCUGGGCAACUCCAGCCCCCGAACCCAGAAUCCCCAGAACUGCCGAAUCAUGUAACCUGGGACCUGCCAGGCAGGGGUGGGGGCGGAGGCCUCCUGCUUCCUCCUCCCUUCAUGCCCAUCCCUGCCCUGCACCUCAUGGGAAGGGGCUUGAAGCCAAAGAAAAAUACCCCUUUGGUUUUUUUUUCUUCUAUGUUUUGUUUUUUUUUUCUAAGAGAAGUUAUUUUCUACAGUGGUUUUAUACUGAAGGAAAAACA